CAACGGUCGGAUUUAGGAUCUAGGGCGCCAAUGGGAGCGGCUUCUUGCGACGGCGAUGGCGAGCGCAAUGCCGUCGUCGUCGGCCUCCAGCCCGUGGCGCUCGUUGAUCACGUCGCCCGCGUCGACUGGGCGAUGCUGGAAUCCGUGCCGGGCGAGCGCGGCGGCUCAAUUCGGGUCACGGCCACGGAGCUAGAAGACAUUCUAGCUCAAGUGAACAAGCAUGUUCUGCCCAAUGGUGAUUUCUCCAGUCCAAUUCGCACGCUAGCUGGAGGUAGUGUAGCGAAUACGCUCCGAGGCUUGGCGGGGGGGCUGGGCGUGAGAUGUAAGAUGGUCGGUGCUAGAGGCAAUGACGAGCAAGGGAAAAUGUUCGCUACGAGCAUGCGAAGCUUUCAGGUGGAUCUUUCGUGCCUGAGAGUAAAGUCUGGACCAACAGGCCAGUGCGUGUGCCUUGUGGAUGCUCUUGGCAAUCGCACAAUGCGGCCUUGUUUAUCUGAUGCAGUGAGGCUUCAGGCAAGCGAAUUGACUCGCGAGGAUUUCAAGGGGAUCAAGUGGCUUGUGCUAAAUGGCUACGGGUUCUAUGGAGAAGAGCUUGUUGAAAGCGCAGCGCAUCUCGCCAAACUGGAAGGUGCUCUUGUUUCGAUGGAUCUCGCUAGCUUUGAGGUAGUGAGGAACUUCCGGCCGCGCCUCUUAAAGCUCCUUCAGUCGAGAAAAGUAGAUCUUUGCCUCGCAAACGAAGACGAAGCUCGUGAACUUAUGGGCGGAGAGCCAGAGUCCACUCCAGAAUCUGCAUUAAAGUUCCUGUCGCAGUACUGCAACAACGCAGUCGUUAUGCUGGGAUCAAAGGGCUGCAUUGCUCGAAGUGGAGACGAGGUGGUCCGAGCGAAAGCUGUGGAAGGCGGGUCCGUGGUGGACACAACCGGCGCUGGCGACUUGUUCGCGAGUGGAUUCUUAUAUGGGAUGAUAAACGGCCUCUCGCUGGAUCAUUGCUGCAAGCUUGGCUGCUGCACGGGGGCGGCAGUGGUACAAGAUUUGGGGGGCGAGAUUAAGCAGCAAGGGAAGAAAUGGAUGCUCCAAAAGAUGGCGAGCAUGGGGCUUCCAGUUUUCCAAGCCUGACGAAUUUUUUUCAAUCAAAAAGUCCUAUUUGCAA